AGCCGCCCCUUCGCUCUCCUUACAGAUUCUCGGAACAGAGAAGAAAUCGGAGAGGUCGGUCUGAGUCGACUCAACUCAUUCUCAAUUGUCUCCUCCGAUCUUUUCUCUGAUACUUGGCCAUGGCGUUUUCCGACAACUCUCGUCAAUCUCUCAUCCCUAAUUACCUCUACACUUCCUCCGUUUCGCCCAGCAGCCUACUCAGGGGCAACGCUUCAAACCCUAACACCCUCUUGCCUUCGACCUCACCUGCCAAGCAGCAGCACAGUAACUUCAUGAUUCCUGCUCCUAGCGAGCCUUUUGGCAAGAUCGAGAUGUACUCCCCUCGAUUCUACGCUGCUUGUACUGCUGGUGGUAUUCUCAGUUGUGGUCUCACUCAUAUGACCGUCACUCCUCUUGAUCUUGUCAAGUGUAAUAUGCAGAUCGACCCUGUUAAGUAUAAGAGCAUCUCGUCUGGUUUCGGGGUAUUGCUGAAGGAGCAGGGUGUAAGGGGAUUCUUUAGGGGAUGGGUCCCUACCCUGCUUGGUUACAGUGCUCAGGGUGCCUGCAAGUUUGGGUUCUAUGAAUUCUUCAAGAAAUAUUACUCUGACAUUGCUGGCCCAGAGUAUGCAGCAAAGUACAAGACUUUGAUCUACCUCGCUGGUUCAGCAUCCGCAGAGGUAAUUGCUGACGUUGCUCUUUGUCCCAUGGAGGCAGUGAAGGUCCGUGUCCAGACACAACCUGGUUUUGCCAGGGGUUUGGGAGAUGGACUUCCAAAGUUUGUUAAAUCCGAUGGUGUACUUGGGUUGUACAAGGGAAUCGUACCGCUCUGGGGACGCCAGAUACCAUAUACAAUGAUGAAGUUUGCCUCAUUUGAGACUAUCGUGGAGAUGAUGUACAAGUAUGCCAUCCCUACGCCAAAGAACGAGUGCAGCAAAUCACUUCAACUUGGAGUUAGUUUUGCUGGUGGAUACGUGGCGGGUGUUUUAUGCGCUAUUGUAUCUCAUCCUGCUGACAAUCUUGUCUCUUUCCUUAACAAUGCCAAGGGAGCAAGUGUUGGAGAUGCUGUGAAGAAACUUGGACUUUGGGGUCUGUUCACCCGAGGGCUUCCCCUACGUAUUGUGAUGAUUGGAACUUUGACUGGUGCUCAAUGGGGAAUUUAUGAUGCUUUUAAAGUGUUUGUUGGAUUGCCGACAACAGGGGGUGCUGCACCUGCUAUCGAACCUGCAAAAUAGGAAUCAGAAUGAUGUUUGUUUGGGGAGUAUCAGAUGCUUUUUUCUUCAAAGGAAUCAAUAAAUAUAGGAUAUUUCUACUUCCAACCAAGUUUUGGAGAGCAUCUCUUUUUUCUUUUUUUCUUUCAAGACAUUAGAAAGAGGUGUGAGUUUUAACUUGUAUUAUUUUGCUGACGAGUUUUUUUGGUAUUGGAGAGGAUCGUGGUGUCCUCGUUCGUCAAUCGACUAUUUUUUUGGUGUCAUGCAUCGACAGAGGAUGCUUUGCCCUUUGGAAAAUAAUUGGGACAGACGCAUGAUGAUAUGCUUAUACUUUUGGCCCUUCCCCCUUGUGAAUGCAGGUUUCUUCGUUUAUUCUUCU